AUGGACUCCGACUCAGACUUUUACGGUGCAACCCCUCCCACAACCAAACCAUCCUCACCCCAACCGACUAACACGAUUCCAGGCGACGAAGAAACCAUUACCGCCCUCCAACGCCGCGUCUCCUCCUUCGACCCCCUUGCCUGGUGGGCUCGCAAUGGCCACCUCACGCCGUCCCAAUCAACCCCUACAAAACCAUCCCCGUCCAGCCAACCCUCCCAGCCCAGCAGCUCCCUCCACAACCCCUACGCUGGCCUCCCCAACGCCUGGCAACUCCACGAGCCCAUCUCUGACUUCCUCUCCCGUCUACCGCCCUCAACAACAGAUUGGCGUCCAGGACUGGAAUGGAUAUUCGUCGCAAACCCGCACACCGCGUCCCGGUACCAUGCCCCUGGUGCGCUUCAGCUCUUCCGACGCGGGGGACAGGAACGCUUGAAGCUGUUUGAGAAGUUUCAAGACAUGGCGAUCAAGGCUCUUCAGCAAGAUGAUUCGUCGUUGUCCUCUUCUGGGAGGGGGAAACCGCCUGAUUUGACGGUUGUUCAAAGGGAAGUAGAGAGGGAGAAGAAGGAGACGGUGCAGGAUUUAACUGAGCUGGCGGUUGAAUGUGGCAUUUUGGCGGGGAAGUGGAUGCUGUUCCCUGAGGAGAACGAUGUGGAUGAGGUAUGGAGAAAGGUUGUGCAGGCGACGGUUGCUGGAGAAUUGGGGAUCGCGGCAAAGGUUGAAACGAAGAUCGAUAAGGGGAAGCCGCGAUUGAUUUGUAUAUAUACAAAGGAUUUCAGGGAUAAGGAGGAUGUGGCGAGGGUACUGGAAGGGCUGAGGGGGUUGGGGUUGGUCAAGUCGGGGAAGCAGAUUUAUUACAAGAGUGAGGCAUGGACCGAACUUAACAUCUACAGCGGUAAUACCUGGGGUAUUCAAGCUUCGCUGUACUCCUCUGGACAAAUACUCUCGUACCUAAGAGCAAAGCGUCCACGGAAACCCUGA